AGAUCCAGGAAGUAAACGACCUCCAUUCAAGUCAGAUGUUGCAACAGGAAUUGAACUUCCCUGUAAUUUAAUGCAUGUUUCCUCGAGCAAAUAUUCUUCAUUUAACCCAAUAAGAGAGGAGUUCACAGAAAAAAAGAAUAUUUGAAGAUGGGGUAUAUGACAGUGGAGGAGCACAGCCCCACACUGCUUCACCUGAAGAGAUCUCCAGGUAUCCGCUCGUGGUCUCUUCUCAUCGGCAUCACCUCUAUUGGGCUGGCAGCUGCGUACUACAGCUCAGACAGUGUCCCGUGGAAGCUCUUCUACAUCGCAGGCUGCCUGUUCGUGGCCAUCCAGAACAUGGAGGAGUGGGAGGAGGCCGUGUUCGACAAAACCAAAAACCAGAUACAGCUCAAGACCACUAGCCUGUACGCUUCGGUCCUGACGUUAUGGAGGAAGGGGCAGGAGAGAGUUGUGUUGGACCUCACACAGCUGUGUGACGUCUGUGUGCAGGAAGAGAGGGUGCGUUACCUGGGGAGGGGUUUUCUCGUGAUGCUACGUUUAGCUGCAGGCUUCUCCUACCCCCUCACUCAGAGCGCCACCCUGGGCGGCCGCAGCGACGUGGAGGCUGUGGCCGCGCUGCUGAAACGCUUCCUGGGAUUGGAGGAGCUGCAGCGCCGGCAGCAGGAAGCGGCGUACGGAGAGGACGAGGAAGACUCCACGGUCCACAGCACCGACUCGGACAACGAAGCAGACUGACUCGGUUCAGAUGAACUCGGAGCUGGUCGGGUCGAGACGUUACAGCCAGGCGAGCAUGUCCGUGAAAACGCCUGUCUGCACAAAUUCUUGCCUUUUUUUUUGUCAUUUUCUCUUCAUGAACCCAAAAACAUGAAGUCUAAUGACUGUUUAGAGAACAUUCCAGACGACACACACCGUGCCUCUCUAAUAAGUGUUUACCUGUCUCAGAUGAUGUGUUUUGUGGACCACCCAGCUCAGAGUCAGUCCUGCAUGUUCAAACUGUUACCGUGCACAAACUGUUACCGUGC